AUGGCUGCCCAGGUGGCUCCCCCAGCCGCUCUCAGGCUCCAGUUCCAGCCCCCACCGGGAUGUGGCCUGGUUCCCAAAGAGGAAGUGGAGGAGCUGGAUGCCCACGGACCCGUCGACAUGGAGAUGCAUCGUCUGCGCUUCAGGGGUUUCCGCUACCAGGAGGCUGAGGGGCCCCGGGAGGCGUACGACCACCUCUGCCUCCUCUCCCGGGCGUGGCUGAGGCCGGAGCAGCGCUCCAAGGAGCAGUUGCUGGAGCUGCUGGUGCUGGAGCAGUUCCUGAGCAUCCUGCCCCAGGAGAUCCAGAGCUGGGUAGGGGGGUGUCACCCCCAGACCGGGGAGCAGGCCGUGGCUCUGGCAGAGGGUUUCCAGUUAGCCAAGGAAGAGCCCGGAAUAUGGCCACAGCAGGAGGAGCCGGGGACGUGGGAGAAGGAGGCUGCGUCUUCCUCCGUGGCAGAGCGGGCAGCGCUGGCCCCAGAACAUGGCAAGAUCUGCAGGGAGAUUAAGGAGGAGGAGGAAGAGACUCUGAUCUCGCCAGGUGCCAGCAUAGAGGAGGGGAAUGCCCAGCAGGAGGGGUCUGUGGAAGCAAAGACACAUGGGACGUCCCGGAGCGCCAAGCAGGGAGAUGCUGGGGAGUCUCGAUCGGUCCAACUGCAGGGGCGAGAACCAGGGCGGGGCGUGCCGGCCACAGGGGGACCCCCCAGCUAA